UAAUUUGAAAAAGACAACGGGAACAGAUGCUGAUCUCGAUUGUUUUGAAAACACGUCCUUUACUUCCCAACUUUUGGAACAGUUUGGGAAAUCGAUGAUUGGGAAAUGGAGUGUCGCUGGAUGUGCGGGGAUUCCCUUAGCCUGGAUGUUGACCAGCAUGUAUCAUCUCUUCAUCGGUUAUCCGUUUAAGCCACCUAAAAAUAUGGAUUUUUCUUGUUGUAUUUCAACAGCAGAACCGACGCAAUCACUGCCUUGCGGCUCUCCCGCGUGAGAGCCAAAACGGAUGCUUCUGGUACAGUUGAUGGCAGAAAAGGUGACAAUAUGGUCUAUCUUAGUCAACCUCCAAGUGUCGUGUUUUUAUCCGCCAAGUCCAUCGUCAAGCGGGUGUCCCAACGCCAUCCCAAGUCGGGGGCCAGGCGUUGCUUGCCCUGAACUUCUAUGCAACGGAACACUUCACGAUACAUGCUGGUGCUCCUCAUUGCCUACAAGAAAUCCGUGCAACAAGUAUGGAAGCAUUUCCAGCUACUCUGAAACCAAACACAUUGGAGGGAACCCACCAGGAUUGCAGCUGCAUGCACACUGUAAAAUGGAUUUCCAACAUGCAUAUUCUGCUGAGAGGCCCGUUUUUUCAUCUGCUUCUCCCGACCCGUGGGCGCACUCCGUCUACACACCCUUCAGCCACAUGAAAGCCAUUUUCCAACUUCGGGAUCGCAGAAGCUCACUCACCAGAUACGAUCCUGGCCACACUCUACCUCAGCUUCAGAGUUUGACACCUCCAGCCUCCUUUAAGGUCAAGUUCCUCAAGUGUGCACAGGUGCUGGCUGAAGCGGACCCUCCACAGCUGACAUUCUUCUUGCUGAUUCACAACCUGAGCCCAGAGGGUGGCACCAACCUCUCUCAAGUGGCCAUCCGGGACUCCAUAUUUGGGAUAGUACCCCUAAAAACUGAAGGCCGGGUUGUGGAGAGAGGAUACCAAGUGUUUGCUAUUGAUUCUUUAUCUGCUGGAUCCCAAAUGAUUCUGAAUUAUACAGCUCAAAUAAGAAGUCAUAAGAGGGGAGUUCUGGACCUUCCAGCAUUUCUCACCUUUUCAAAUCUAUCACAGAACGAUGUCAGCAUGUUUGGCCCAUUGACAGCCAAUCUGACACUGCGGGUUAAUUCCACAGACAGGAUUUAUCCGAACCAUGGUGUGCACUUUGCUGGAUUUAUUGGUGGGUUUUUUGUUGCUUUGGUGCUGCUGUUGCUGGGCUUUCUAGCCAUGAACCUGAUUGGUCCAAGAACCAGACUGCACUUUCUUCAGCAAAGGAAAAACAGAGGUGAUCCAGACCCGGAGUAUGCAGACUGCGACAUGACAGAGACCGUUAAAGAUGAGGCAACUUUUGAAGACAGGAUUGUUGACAUUAUGGUGCUGGAGGAACCGCAGAACAUGAACCAGGCACUGGAAAACCUGGAAAUGUCCACACUCCUGCACGCCACCAACAACUUGGAGGCCACUCGGAUUCAGAUCUACAAAGACGUUCUGUCUCUCCUGUUGGGAGGCCUGCGGUACGGCGGCCAGGUCAGCCUCCAGGCUCAGCAGAGACUUCUCAGCGUGCUCCAUGGGCAGUUGCUGGGUAUGGAGGGUCGGCUGAAGGAGGAGCGAGGUGCCCGCAUGGCUACGCUGGCGGCCAAAUGUAACCUGGAGACCCGGGAGGAGAUGGAAUCAGAGCAUCGCAGGGCAGCUGCAGAGAAGGCCCAGGCUGAGCUGCUAUGUCAACAUGCAGAACAACAGGAGCUCCUACAAUGUAGCGUCCUCCUGGAGAAGCUUCACAAGCUGAGCCAGGCUCACCUGCAGCGCAGCUUGUUGGUCCGCCACGAAGAAGCCUCGGCGAAGCUCCAGAGGCAGAUCAUUGAGUGGCGUCGGGUGGAGCUUCAUAAAAUCUUCUCUGAGGAGCUGGAGGAGGCCACAAAGAUGGGCGAGUUGGAGAAGACCGCUGCCGGUAGUCUUCAGCACAGUUACUUUCAGUGUCAGGAUCUGUUGGAGGAGACUCUGGAUGUGAUCCUUGCCAAUUGGCGUUUUGUGCUUGCUGAACGCCAUGCACAGCGGAAGUUCCUGUUACACAGCCUGCACAGCCUCAACAGUCUCCUUUCUGACACCUUCGCCAGCACCUCCAGCAAUUUGGACAGCAUGUUCGCACACAUCAGAAGAGGGAGCACGGUGUCUGCUGAAAAGCUGACUCAGCUCCAGGAGAAAGCCCAGAAGGACCUGGUGAUGGUGAGGCAAAGACUAGAUGAUGCCUUGAGCCAAGAGAAGCGAGCAAUGCGCUGCGGACUUGUCAGGAAGCGGAGGGAGCUCAUCUCUGACAUGCUCAGGGUCCACAUGCAGAGACAGAAGGAUUUGUCUGCUCUGUCAAAGAAUCAAGAUGGCGGCAUAGAAAUAGCCCAGCAUCUUCACUGUUGGCGGGAUUUACUAACAACUCACAGCUUGGAGCUUGCUGAACUCAUCAAUAACUUAGACGAGGAGGCUGCAGCUGACAUUCGCAAGGUGACCAUGCGUGUAAUCCAGAGCUCCAUGGCAGAUGUCAAAGCCAUUCAACCCUCGACGAUGCAAGCCCUGCUCACAAUCCUGCCGCCAAGCAUGCAGCACUCACUGCUGCAAGUAGAACCGGAAGCAGGCCAAGGAGGCAGCACUCUCCUGCAAGGCCAAGAGAUGCUGCACCAGGAAGGCAAAGUAGCCUUGCACACUCUCAGCACCACGAGGGAGAGUCUGAACAGAGCCAUGGAGAGGGAGCUGCAAGAACAGAAGGAGCUCAGGGCUCACUGCAGAGAGUUCUUCAGAUCUUUGUGCUCAUCCCAGCUGACUCUCUCUGGCGACGAGCGACUGGCGAUGAAACUUGAGUUCCAGAAGUGUCUCUCUGUGAUGGAUCGAUGCCUAAUGCUGCCUCAUGCUGUGUCCAGAACCAAAAUCCACACCUGGCUCGCAAAUUGGAGGAAGGACAGUGAGCAACAAGUGAUAAAUCCACAUUUGAACGGGAAAGCCGGUAAGAAAAAACAAGACGCAUCCAACCUAGUUCACUUCCGGAAAACGCUUCAUGACCAGAUCCAAAUGUUGGAAAAGGAGAUGGAUAGCGGUAUUAUAAACAAGGUAGAGGAGGAGAUGAAAGAGGAGAGAGAGGACUACUUGCAUUCUCAGGCCGACAGUCUGGCGAUGCAGAUGGCUGCCGUUCACUACCAAAAGGCCGAGAGGAGGAACAAAGUCUUGGAGACGUCCAGAGCGCUGCACGCACUGCACGGGCUGCUAAUUCAUCACCUUCGAGAGACGAAGAAUCUGGCGAGACAAGAAAUGGCCCAAAGUAUACAGAAGCACUGCCUGGGCCUUGAGGAAGCAGAACGUCGUCUCCAGGAGGAGACUGGUGAGCUGGACCGUCUGGAAACGGUUCAUUGGUCAAAUCAACCACACACAGAGGACGCCGAUGCGACAGAGGAAGGCCGCGAGGAGGAGCAGGAGCUGUUCGGGCUGAAACAGGAGAGCCGGAUGACAUCCAUCCUCCAGGAGGCUCUCGAUAGGUGUGAUCAAGUAAUCGCAGCAUUGACUCUCAGAUUACAGGAGAUGACGACAGGCAAUCAGACGAUGGAAGAUCUGAGAGAGCAAAUGGCGCUCAAGAGACUUUAUUCCAACUGCGACCAGGACCUGCUUUUCGCAUCCGAACUGGUAAAACAGUGUCGCGUGCCUGUUGAGGUUCUCCUUGAGCUCCUGCGCCUGCUGGUCCCCACCAUCCCCGAGAGUGAACUUCUUUCUAUCACCGAUGCCCUCUGUCCAAAACAGAAUCUUGGUUCCUCAUCCUCAGAGCACGAGCAUUCUGGGGCUAAUCUGCAUCUUCCUGUCAGACUGAAGGAGGACCUUGUACACAGAAGUAUGCCGAACAUGCCACAUGCGGAAAGGGAAAGAUCUCAGAGACUCCAGGAAAAGAGGGAAAGCCUGAUGGAAAGACUUCUGCCCAGAUCUCGUCUGGCACUUGCGGAAAAAGGAAAAGAGGAUAACUUUAUGAAGGAAAAGCUGCCCGGGUAUAAAUCAGCCAUCGGUGAAAACACACGGCGGCACAGUGAGGCUCCCAGCCAAGGCGACGCGGAGAAAGGGAAUGAAACGCGCCACAGCUCAGCAGAAGAAGAUGUGCUUCCAACCUCUGCAAAUGGGGAAGUGAUCUGUCAGGCCUCUGGUGAAAGGCUGUUUGUCUUUCGGGAUCCACCUCAAUCCCACAUUAGUAUUUGCUCUCCAAGGAGAAAAAAGAAAAGGAACUUUCUCAAUUUGAAGAAAGGCUGUGUGGCUCCAACAACCCAAACUUGACAUUUACUGGACAGUAUGUCAUCAUUCAUUGUAAGAAUUAACAUCAUAAUAAACCGUCCCAGCCAAAGGUUUUGGCACUACAUUGAAUUUGAUUCACUGCCUUAGCAUUUUUAAAGAAGACAUUUUAAAUGUUUUCUUUAUUUGACUUGAACAGUGCUAAUAAAUAGAUAACAUUGGCACCUUUCUAAAGUAAUGAUCUAGAUCAUUUUGCCAUCAAAAUGAUGCUGGCCAACUCUUUAAAACCCCUUCCAUUAUUUUUAGGAAGGUGUAUGACGCGACGAUAUAUUUUACAGAAACAAAAGUGUCAUGGCAAUUUCGGAAAAAAAAAACUCAUUCCUCCAAAAUGCAACCGAUGUCACAAUCCUUAUAAUUUGAAGUAGUACGGUUUGUGACAAACAAGAUUAGAGUCAUUUAUGAUGUUGCCAUUUUGUAUCUCGUGUACCAUUGCUGUCUUAUCACUCCACUUUGUAUAUCUUUUGUAUAAAAGCAGAUGAUUUGAACCGUU